AUGGAUAUACCUGCAGUCCAGCGCACCUCGCCGAGUCCACCGGUUCCUGUCGAAUGUGUUCCGCCAUGGAGUCUUUCCGCAGUUGUGCAGAUAGAAUAUUACGCGUAUUUACCCGCCAAUCACUCGACUGAAGUGAACAUCAACAGCCACAGCCGUAAUUGUUCUUUCUGUGAAAGUGUCCGCAAUCUACAACCACGCGCGGGCGUGUAUCGCACCUACUACACACCCAUUUGUUCGACGUGUGUCUCCGUGCAAUUUCACGUGUUUUGGACCAGCCACUCCCGAAAGUGUUCCAGUCAACGUCCAUCAGUCUUCCACAGCACCCUUUCAAGACGUUCCUGCCCACGGUCGAGUCUCCAUGCACAAAGUCCACUAUCUUUGAACGGCUACUGCUCGUACAUCUCCGAAACGGGUUACAGUAACAUGACGCCAGCGAUCGCCCGUGACCGGAAAAUACCUGACGACAUCUUCCAUUGCGCCGUCAACCCGUCACGGCUCGUCAGACCAGGUUGUCCGAAAUACACACUUUUCACUGGUCGUGGUAUACAAAAAAAAAGUAAAAAAAUUUAUGCGAUGGCCGGGAAUCGAACCCGGAUCAACUGCUUGGAAGGCAACUAUGCUGACCAUUACACCACCAUCGCAGUUGAAGGUAAUAGAAAAUUUAAUAUUAUUUUAUGUUUUGAUUUCUAAAAAAUAAUACAAUAUUGUAUUUUUUAAUU